GUUUCUUGUCCAAGUCUCUACGCAACACAACAUGUAUACCCUGUGCUUGACUGGCUGACAUGUUAUACUUGGCACUCUCUCUUUAAUAUCUUUUACUCCGAACCUUUUAAAGGUUUCUCUUCACCGGUUUAUUUUUCUUUCUCUCCUGAUUCCUAUUCCGCCAUAUACCCUUGUUUAUUGUUUAGCCAGCCAUUCAGCGCCACGUUGGAGUUUAUCUGCAGAUUUAGAGCUUCCAGAUUCCGCAUAGCUUCAUCAUGGAUGACCCAUCAGCUUCCGACGAUAUCGGUGUGCAGGAACAGCACAUCGUAAAGGCGGAUGAAGUGGACCAGACUGGAACAGAUAUUAGCCCCGUCUCGGAUGAUCAGCUGAUGGAAGAGGUCGCGGAAGAACUACGACAGGAGCAAGCUGCACAAACUAUUCCUGGCCUUAGAAGUGAACCACCAGUGCUUACAUUAAUGUCUCCCAGGCGCCCAGAAUUGCGGCGGGAUGCUGCUGCUCCUCCGCCGCCUCUUCAACCUCCACCACCGGCACCGGUUCAGGAGAAUCUGGAAAUGUCAACUGAUUCGUUGAGCCUUGCCCAGUUAAGACAGUUGGUCCAGGAGAUGCCAAAGGCUGAACAGCCCGCGUAUGCAUUCGAAUAUGCGGACUCUCAACCGUUUCCCGAGGAGAUCGAAGAAUGGUUUCAGUACACCGAGUUUGAUAGGGACAUGCUCACCAGCAUGAAAUCGUCCUUCGAGCGUAGGUGGGACUUGUUCUGCGAUAACCAGCCCGCGCUUUCCCCCCAUACUUCUUGGAUUGAAGCCCCUCAUGAUUUACAGAAGCUGUUCAUGAGCGAAGUGCUUGAAAUUUUGCAAGACAACGAGAUCGUGCCCCGUAUUGAAGCUUUAGAGUCUAUCUGCUAUGCUGUGACUGGAGUUUGGGGAUCGACUGCUGGGAAAUGUGUCCCAGAUUAUCCCGAGAAUCCCUCCGCUUUCACCGCUGCAGAAACACCCCAGUCAAAGUCUUUACAAAUCCGGUGGAUAGAGAACAACGCAAACUUGGUCCUUGAAUGCUCAGGUCUACAACCGUUGUUCAACUGCCUGUUUCGGGCGUUUGAGAAGUCCCGUGUCUCCGCCCCAUUGGAACCCAACGGGACGGCACCAGAAAACACAAACGCCGCGUCUCUGGCUGCCGCUGAGCAAGAAGCAAACUUAGUGCUAACAGCUUUCUACAUGCUUGUAGAGGUCGGGCGAAGACAGGAGGUACAGGACCCGAAGCACACCCCGAUAAAGCAUGGAAUUAUGGGGCUAAAGCCGGACUUGAUGGUUUUCCUAGUUGAGAUUAUCGCACGGCUGCGCUGGGAUGACUCUACCAAUGUUCCUCUUACGAGAAUUAUUCUCUUGUUUUGGAAGUGUAUCAUUCUCUUUUUUGGAGGUAGUGAUAGUCUAAAACAAGCCAAAGAGGAAUUGGAACCAUCCGUUGACGAUGGGAAAAAUGAUCCAAUGCGAAGGACGCCUUUUCUUACUGCAUCCCCACUGGAUUACCACGUCUUUCGACAAGAGAUUACAUCUAAGUAUCCUUCAUACAAUCCGCCUCCACCCUUGGUGCCUCUAGAAUUAGAAAACAACUCGAUCCUUCCUCCUCUACCCCAGCAUCCCAGCAGAGCAUACUCUUCAAACGGUCUAUUUUCUGGGGUUGGUCCGUCCAUAGCGGGUGCCAAUGGCUCGAUUUUGCACCAGUCCGUUCACAUCGCAACGCCAGCUCCAUCCCCCCCGCCAUCUCCGAUUGGCCCCGGUGGAAAGGCAGGGAAGAAACAAAACUACCAAACAAAUCAAAACUUCCCGUUCAUGUACCCCCCGCUCGAUGAUUCAAGCAACGAUCUUGGAGGGAAAGGCACCACGGAACUUCAAGAUGUGUUGGUUGGGAAGAGAUGGGAAGGCAGCGAUGUUCCAGCUUCUAUCAUUGAGGCUGGGAAGCUUUUCUCAACCCAUGUGAAAAUGACCAGAGCGAUGAGCCAACUUUGGGAAGAACGUGAGCGCUUCAUGAAGUACGAUCGCGGCUGGCAUCCAGAUGACAACAACUCUUCGCCUGACGAAGACACUGGGGAGGAAGUAGCAGAAAACAUACAAAAUCUCACUUUACAGGAGAAGAAAGAACAUAUGGUUGAUAGGCCCUACGAAAAGGAAACCGAUAAUGAGGAUAUUCAACGGCGCCUAGAUGCGGUUGAGUCCUUUUAUACGCAAGCACUAGUGCACUUACAAUCAAUUACCAUAGUUUUCCUAAAGAUUGUAUUAACAAAUGUGAGUGCAAUGGUCAAUCAGGGAAAUGGUCAAAACGGCAUGAGUGACAACUACAACGCAGUCAAUGGGGCUGCAGCAAAUUAUAACAAUCAUCCUGAGGAUCUCAACUGUGAUCCUGCUAUUGACGAACUUGACAAUAUUCGGCUACGUGAGAUCACCGGGAAAGCCAUCUCCGGGUCUCUCCUGCUCUUAAUCAAGUGGUUCAAGAGAUCUCAUAUAUUGAAAUUCGAAUACAUGACACAGCUCCUACUGGAUUCGAAUUAUUUACCUCUAAUUCUAAAAAUGUUUGCUCACCAAGACGUUGAUCAAGCGGUCGCGCAGCGAACAGACCGGGAUGAAUUGGGAUUCUUCCAUUUCUGUCACUUGCACUCCGAACAGCCUCCUGACGACAGUGAUUUAGACCAGGACAGCGACGAUGAGGCUGUUCCGCCUCCUAUUGCUAGACAUAGGCAGGACACAGUCUUCCACAACCAUAAUCCUGGAGGGGAACCCCUGGAUGAGACCAACCAGGAAUUUAUAGAAGGUCCCCAUCGUCCCGAAGUCGACGAAUUGGGGUAUCCAACAGCACCGCCACCCAAGGAGCCUAUUACAACAUUCUCCUUUCGCAACUUCUUCUCGGCUAUCAACUUUCUUCACAUUAUGCAGAAAAUUACCCGGGACAAGGCUCACCGAUGUCUCCUGCUUGUCCAGUAUAAGUCAAGCACGAUACUCCGUAAAGGACUAAAGAUUCCAGACCCUCAUCUGCGCUUCUACACCCUCAAGCUCUUCAAGUCGCAAGUCCCUUACUGUGGUCGCAAAUGGCGCCAAAGCAAUAUGCGGGUGAUUACUGCAAUCUACCUUUACUGCCGCCCCGAACUACGGGAUGACUGGCUAGCUGGAUCUGAUAUCGAUGCGGAAGUCGAGGAGGCCUUGCCCCUUGAACAAGCCCUUCGUGGGCUAACACACUGGUGGCAUUUACGACGAUACAAGGACGUAAUGGGUGGCGAAGAGGGGCCAUCGCUCAUGGAUGAAGAGCGGGACUUUUUCGUACGUGAGCUUGAAGCAAUGGGAUGGGGGUUCGCCGGAGAAGAGCUACUAAAUGGAAUCACUGAUGAGGCCGAGCUGGCUGCAGGCGGCCCACUGGCGAACGGAACAGAAUGGGACGGAGCACCAUUGCAAAUGGAAGGAUGUUAAACACGCAAAAUACUAGGUCUGUAUCCGCAGGCCCUCUUCCUUGUAUAUAGACACGAGCCACCAUAGUGAAUGAGAAUCAUGAAUUCCGUAACUUCGAC